CAAAAUUUAAAUAUUCAUAUUUUUUAUUGUGAUAGUCAAACGAUAUCUUUCGAAAAGUGAAGUUUAUUUCGGGACUACCAAAACCUUUCCCGGAGUUACAUAUGAGUAGCGUCACAUCCUCUUCCUUCUGCUGCUUCUGGGGCCUGCAAAAAUCGAAAACAAUACGGACGGUGCUUCAUUUUUGUGUUUUAAAUUGAUAUGUGCUUGGCAGCUUGACUGGACGCGGUUUGUCUGAGGGUUCUGGUUAAAUAGUUGUCCUGCAGACCCUCCGAUGAGGUGCAGCGUUCCGGGUGCGGCAGCCUUAGGGAGCGUCUUUAAAGGUCUUUGCACGGAAAAAAACGUGAAGUGCGACUGGACAAAUGCCUGCUGCAGAGAACACUCACGCCAGGCGCGUCCUGUCCUCUCUCAACCAGCAGAGGGCGACGGGGAGGUUUUGCGAUGCCGUGCUGAAUCUGGGAGAAGGGGAGCUGUACUUGGCCCACCACAGCAUCCUGGCCUGCUUUAGCGAGCUCUUCAAGCCCUGCGACAACCCCUCUUCCCUGUCCAUCGAGGUGUCCCUCAACGGCUGCCCCGGGGACGGGCUGCAGCUGCUCCUCAACUUCAUCUACACGGGACACCUGAAGCUGGACCAUGACAACCUGGAGAGGGUGCAGCAGGCGGCCUCCAGCCUAUGCGUGCCUGAAGUUCUCGCGCUCUGCCGACAGUUCAGGGAAAGCUCGGUGGAGCUUGUAAAGCGAAGGCGAGGCCGACCAAGAAAGAGUGCGCCGGAAACAUCACGGGCAUUGAAGGAGGAGGAACUGCUGCCUUCAGCUUCAGAGGAUGUGUCCAGCUUGGAUUUUGCCACAGGAACUCAUGCCACCACAACCCGUUCGGGUCGAGUGGUUAAAGGGCCCAAGCGACUGGUGUCGGAUGGGAGCCCCGACUCUGAGCACAUGAUGGUCACUGCUGUGGAUGAGGAGGCUGCAGACGACCUACAUCCAGCAACCGCUGAAACUCAGGAGGAGGUGCUGCAGCUCGACGUGCACAGGAGCAGUGAAGACGAAGAAGAUGCAGAGGACUUUGAAUGUGUCGACAUAGACACCGAUGAAGAGUACAUACCUGUCAGUGACCCCACUCCAUCCACCCAACCUGUGGCGAAGAAUCCCAAAGUGGAGAGCAAAGCGAGUGUUGACGCCGUGGAGGACGAUUCCAGAACAGACUCCGUGUCAUGUGACACGUGCCACAAAUCCUUCAAGAGCAAAUACUACCUGAAAGUCCACAACAGGCGCCACACCGGAGAGAAGCCCUUCACUUGCCUGAAAUGUGAUAAGAAAUACUUAAGGAAGGAGAGUCUUUUCCUCCACGAGACCCGUGGCUGUCCCACCGUGCAGAAACACUGCUGUCUGCUGUGCUCCUCCACCUUUGACACUAAGGCUGAGCUAAGCUCACACAUGGUUUCCCACACAAGACAAAUGCCAUAUAGGUGUUUGACAUGUCAGGAACAGUUCAUGUACAAGAAUAACCUGAACAUGCACAUGAUGAAGGUCCAUGGUCAUCCCAAACCUCAUGCAUGUUCACAGUGCCCCAAAACCUUCUUGACCCGGACUGUACUGAAGGUGCACGAAGCGACCAGACAUCGAGGCGAAAAGCCUUUUGUGUGCGAGGAGUGCGGCCACCGGGCGUCCAGUCGAAACGGCCUGCAGAUGCACAUCAAAGCCAUUCACAGAAAUGAGCGACCCUUUGUGUGCAACCUGUGCGGCCACGCGUUCUCCCAGAAGAACAACCUCAACAUGCAUCUACGGAUCCACAGCGACGAAAGGCCUUUCCAGUGUCACCUGUGUGGGAAGACCUUCAGGACACAAGCCAGCCUGGACAAACACAACCGGACUCACACGGGCGAGCGCCCCUUCACCUGCGACGUGUGCGAGAAGAGCUUCACCGAGAAAGGCGCCCUCCUUCGCCACAAGGCCAGCAAGCACGAGGAGGGCCGCCCCCACUGCUGCCACAUCUGUGGGAAAACCUUUAAAGCAAAGGAGCAGAUGCGCGUCCAUCUGCGACGCCACAAAGGGGUCAGGAGCUUUGAAUGCAUCGAUUGUGGCUACAAGUUCACUCGGCAGGCUCACCUGAGACGCCACACCCUGAUUCACAAACGGACAGAGAACUACAACCCACGGCAGAGGAAGCUGAGGAGCAUCAUCAUCCAGGACGACGGAGACGCUGCAAGUCCCAAGGAGGCUCCGAGCGCCGUCGAUGCGUCCUCGGAGACGGCUGCCGCCCACGACUCCACAGACCUGGUGUCCGACCUCACCUCCAUCCGUAUCGUGACGGUGGAGUAGUGGAGGUAAAGCUGGAUGAGCUGCAGCAAACUCCAGGCUUUGGAUGCCCUGCUUGAAAUGAAGAAACAUCCAACAUUUCCAUCAUUCUUCACAUUGAUUUGUACUAAAUAUUAGAGAUAUUGAUCCUUUCACAAUGUUCUCCAGAUGGUCUGAGAACUAAAAUAAAAACAAGUCUGCUGAUGUUUAGACUGAAAGUGUUCAAGGGAACUGCACACUAAUGAAAGAUGCUGCAUGAAAUGUAAUCAAUGUGACUCCAGUCGAUGAUUAAAGUUCAACAUUCUUCAUCAUCUUGGACUUUCUUUGAACAAUAAGUUACUAUUUUUGAAGUAGAAAGUUUCAAUACUCUACAGCACUAAUAGUAACAAAUAAAAUAUUUAAGCAAGAAAAA